AUAGAGCUUCGUUAUAUUGUGGUAAAGACAUGCAGAAAGAUAGAGACUAGCUAGGAGGUAUCAAAGACGCGUGGUCCUUCAUCUUGCAAUAAUAUCACUGAUCAGAAGCAUCGUAUUUUGAUGACGAGUUCUCAACUUUCAUGCUCAAAUAGCCACGACGACGCAUCUAAUUUUACAACUUAAAAAUAUAUACACUUUUUUUUUUCUUUUUAAACAAA